GUACUUAUGAGGGACAGCACGGAUGAGUAAUUGAGGAAGAGGAUGAGAGCAAACGCAAGCCAAAUGGGGCUCGAGACACACAAUUCAUCUAUCAGAGGGAGCAGAGCGGGCGCGGGAGUGAGGCUCUGGCACAGUGCGGCGCACAGGAAGGAAAUUGUAAAGAUGGCAGUCCCUUGAGUAACAGCGGGCGCCUACCUCAGACAGCGGGUCCGCGCCUUGUGUGUGGUUUCUUCUCUGGCGAGCGGGGCCGGCCUUUCGACGUGGGGCGGCUACGGUGUCACCUGCUUGGGGCAAUGCGCGACCAGGGGCAGGACGCCAAGACGGCGCAGAAUGUCGCCCACGGGGGCACGGCAUUGGCCCCGCCCGCUACAAAUCGAGCCGCGGCGGGCUGCCUGCUCGCGCGCGGCCGAUGGCGGGCGGGACUCCGAAAUGCAGACCGGAAAGCAAUGGCCCACCGGCCAAACCCGCCACGGAUUUACGCCGAUAAGAGCCGCGCGCCCCCUGCCUUCCAGCCCUCGGCCCUCCCCCCAACCCUGCGGCGCGUUUUCGUUUUUUUCGCGGCGCGCCCGCCGGAAUGGCGCAGCGUGGGGGCGCGCGGGUGUAGUAGGCAGCCGCGUGGCGCCUUUGUUUGAAUCGAAUGACGCCGCGCCGCCAGGCAAUUCAAUGCCAGCUCGCCGCCCGCCAGGCAAUUCAAUGCAAGGGCAGCCCGUUGCUCGCAGGGCGCCGGGCUGCCUCCUCCCGAGCGGCCACUAUGUGGGGCGCCGCAUUCCUACCGGCCCUUCCCCGGGCGGCGGGCGGCCUGCCCAUCCCCGGCAGCUGCCGGGCUGUUUCGUUAGUGCGCAUCCCGAUUCGGGUGUCGUUGGCGUCGAUGUGGGUCAUUGUCUAAAUUAUUAAUGGC